AUGAGGCUGCUGCAGCAGUUCCUCAACAAACGAAGAAUCGAAGCAGCAGUCAAGCAGCAGCAGCCGGAAGAGCAGCAGCAACACUCGCAGCAGAACCGGCAGCACACAGCAGCACAGCUUGCAGCAGAUGCUGCAGCAGCUGCUGCUGCUGCUGAUGCUGAGCUGACAGCCUUCUGGCCACCGACAUACAGCAGCAAGAGCUGCAGCAAGCACAAGUCACACGCUUACAGUGCUGUCAACAGCAGCCGCAGCCACCGACGCAGCAGUAGCAGCAGCUGCAGCAGCAGCAGCAGAAACUGGAGCAGCAGCAGCAGCAACAACGACAUAGCUGCAUUCUCCCGCUCGACACCAGCGAGGCACAGGCCUUCAGGUGUACAUACACUGCAGAACGGAGAGCUACAUACGCCUCGACACCCGCAGCGCUCUCUCCGCGCAGCAGCAGUUGCUGCUGCUGCUGCUGUUGCUGCUGCUGCUGCUGCUACGCUAGGACACAAAGCCUCAGCAAAGAGGGGCGGGGCCUCGCUGUUGAAUGAGCCGCAGAGCAAGAAGCAUCGGCAGGCCACGCAGCAGCAGCAGCAGCAGCAGCAUUCACAGAAGCAGCGCCUGGUUUGCGUUAAGAAGGAGCCGCAGCAGCAGCAGCAGCACUCGCAGCAAAGGCAGCAGCUGGUGCAGCAGCAGCAGCAGCACAAGCGUGAGUGUGCACAGCAGCACGCGCUGCAGCAGCCGCGCAAACUGACGCAGAAGCAGCUGCAGCAGCGAGCUCAAGCCCUUAUAGCAGCAAGACAAGCUCUAAGGAGAAAGAAGCAGGCCGCGCUAGCAGCCGAAGCAGAAUGCAGCAACAGCAGCUGCAACAGCUACAGCAGCAGCAGCGGCAGCAGCACCUGCGACAGCAGCGCCAUCAAUAUCAACAAAAUCGCCAAAGCGUGGGACGAAAGACUUGCGGCGCAUAGAAGACAUAUGCUGCAGUCCUUAAUGCCCCUUCCUCUGCGGCCUUCUGCUGACGUGGAGACGGACAGUACAGCUGCUGGCGCGACGAGCUCAACAGCAGCAGCAGCAGCAGCAGCCCCAACAGCAGCAGCAGCAGCAGCAGCAGCAGGAACAGGGGCCGGCGGAUGUGCAGGGCCCAGCGCUGCUGCUGCUGCUGAUUCUGCUGCUGAUGGUGAUGCAGCCACAGGAGAGCGGAAGAUCCGUGUCGGGCCUGCGGUGCUGCAGUGGGAGACAAUGAGUUCUAUAGAGGAGGCAUUGGGGCCCACAGCCCGGCGGACUAGGCUGUCUAGGCGAGAGCCCCCCUUCUUCUGUCUGCCCGAGGUCCGCCUUGCUGCCGUUGCUGACGCCUGCCACCCCAUAAGCAAACUGACAUCUUUCACAGGGGAGAGAUUCACAAGGCCAGGGGAACGCAUCUGGGUCUUUGGUGCUCCCUAUCCAGUUGCUGUUUGGGUCGGGCCCCCCAUCAAGAAAGGAGAAUUCAAAAUCCUGGGGAUCCGCACAGGAGAAUUUCUGACGCCAGCUGAGGGGGCCGAGGCGGCGAAGGAGCUGCAACCCACGGGCCAAUACGACAGCAUCAGGACAUGUGAUAUUUAUCCGGAUGCUUCGGACGUUCAGGGGCAGUGGAAGCAGCGGGUGAACGAUGCAUUGCGGGAGGCGAAGGUUUCCUGCGAUCCCCGAGAGGAGGAGUUUGGGGUUAAGCGUUUCUCUCGGGGGUGUAGUGACGACGGAAACUCUAUUGUACCUUUUGUUGCUGUUCCUUAUAAGGGGCUUGAAUUCUCCUCUAUACGCAGAGCCUGUCCCCUUGCCUUCGUGCAACACACGGGGGAACGCUUACCGGGAGCUGAGGUUCUGCGGGGUCCGUGGGCGAAGUGGCGGCGGCAGCGGGCGACGGUCUGUGUACACCAAGUGCUGGUGAACGGGCUGCCCCUCUACGUCUACUCGAACAACCCACAGGCAAGCAGGAACGGCCUUACUCUUGAGCCCUUGAACAUGGGCGAUGAGCUAUGCCUCAAUAUGCUACAGUUUCCUGGUUUCCUCACGGACACAUUCUUAGCAACAUUGGGGCUUAUAAAAAGGAAACGAGCGAAUGCAGAGAGCGUGUUAGAGAACCUAAGACUACAGGGUUACACAUCACCGCAGUGGCUGCAGCGGUGUUUUCUGCUUAAGUACCCGCUUAACUAUGAGGAUAUAUGCUCGCGGGGGUCGCUAGAAACCGAGCCCUUGAACAUGGGCGAUGAGCUAUGUCUCAAUAUGCUACAGUUUCCUGGUUUCCUCACGGACACAUUCCUAGCAACAUUGGGGCUUAUAAAAAGGAAACGAGCGAAUGCAGAGAGCGUCUGUCCGAGCAGCAUCAAGCUCAGACGCAUUGCACUACGGCUGCUCCGGCUGCCCGAGGCCUAUGCUAGUCUUCCUCCUCACGAGCUGGGGCCUCUUCUUGAGAGCCACUGGGUUGUCGUAGAGGGGGGGGAAAAGGAAGAAGGCGGCGCCUCUGUGAUGCAGCGCCUCCUUCGGGCUCGAGACUGCUGUCGCCUCUGCUACAAAACACACCCCGUGGCAAAGGCUUUCCCCCAUAUGGGGUGGAGAUACAGGUCUCCCCUAGAGCAGGGAGAGGCCUCUCACGAACAGCUCUAA